UUCACUUCACUCUCUUUCUUGUUGGUUUCAUUCUUUUGGCUUUUUGCCGCCAUUCUUUUUUUCUGGGUUGCUGCUGGGCCAGCUUGACCCUUUGUUUCACUCCUUACCUGUUCUUUUCUUCUUCUGCAUAUCGGGUAGAUCCACGAGAUGCGUUCCUUUCUCAGCGGCGCGGUGGCUCUGAGCUGCGCGCUCGGUGCCGCGGCCAGCUCCUACAACACUUCUGCCUACUCCGACUCGGUCACUGGGAUCGACUUCCAGAGAUGGUGUGACGAUGACACCGGCUUCUGUUUCGGUGUUGCCCUCCCCGAGGAGGCCGGCACCGACUUCAUCGGUCAGAUGAACGUCCCCCUGUCCAGCUCCAAGGGAUGGGGUGGUGUCAGUAUGUCGGGGUCCAUGACCAACGUGCUGCUGAUUGCCGCCUGGCCCAACGGUGACUCGGUCGUCGGCACCCUGCGUGAGGCCGAGUCCUACGUCUCCCCGGCUGUCUACACCGGCGAUGCCGUCCUGGAGAACAUCCCGUCCGGAACGUCCAUCAACAGCACCUACCUCACCUACACCUUCCUGUGCAGCGGCUGCGUCGUCGGCCAGCCCACCACCUGGGCUGCCAACGAGACCGCCUACUACUUCGGCUGGGCUCUGAGUGCCACCAACCCUACCACCCCGUCCUCGUCCUCGUCCAAGAUGCCCUACCAUGCUGCCGGUUAUGGUGGCUUUGAGGCGGAGCUGUACGCCGCCCGGUCGUCCGAGUUCUCCACCUGGGCUUCCAAGGCUGUCGUCUCCAACACCACCACCACUGCCAGUGCCUCUGCCAGCGCCACUCCCUCCGCCAGCGUGGUCCCCACCGUUGCCAACACCACCUACGACUACAUCGUGGUGGGCGGUGGUGCCGCGGGUAUCAUUGCUGCCGAGCGUCUUGCUGAGACCAAGAAGAGCGUCCUCCUGAUCGAGCGUGGUCCCGCCUCGACCGUUCAGACCGGCGCCACCGACGCCCUGACCUGGAACAGCUCCAUAACCGGAUACGAUGUGCCGGCCCUGGGCAGCGUUCUCGAGAGCGUCGGCCUGGAGGACGAGUACCUGUGCGACGACACCGCGGGCAUGGCUGGCUGUGUUCUCGGCGGUGGCACCAUCGUCAACGCCAUGUCCUUCAUCUACCCUCAGGAACGCGACUUCGACGACAAGUGGCCCACUGGCUGGAAGUGGACCGACGUCAAGGCCGCUGCCGAGCGUUUCUACAGCCGCAACCCCGGAAGCACCCUGCCAUCCAAGGACGGCAAGCGCUACGACCAGGGCAUGUACACCGUUCUGUCCUCCUUCCUGGAGGGCCUCGGCUGGACGCACGUCAACUCGCAGGAGCAGCCCAACGAGAAGCACAACGUGUACAGUUACCCGUCCUGGGACGUGGACAAUGGUAUCCGUGCCGGUCCCGUGCGCUCCUACCUGCCCCUGGUUGAGGACGACGACAACUUCACCCUCCGUUUGAACGCCAAUGUCCUCCGUCUGGUCCGCCGCGGUGGCCGCAUCACCGGUGUUGAGGUUCAGUCCGAGUCUGGCGCCGAGCAGAUCAUCAACGUGCGUGCGGGUGGUAAGGUCAUCCUGGCUGCCGGUUCCCUGUCGACUCCCCGCAUCCUGUUCAACUCCGGCAUUGGUCCCACCGAGCAGAUUGAGACUGUCAAGAGCGGCAGCACCGGCAUCACCCUGCCCCCUUCGGCCGAGUGGAUCGACCUGCCCGUCGGCGAGAACCUCCGCGACCACCCCAUGUUCACCAUCACCGUCGACACCAACAGCAACUUCACCCACUUCAACACCUCGAGCGUUAUCCCCGGCUCCGAUGCGACCGCCGUCAAGAUGUUCGAUGAGGGCUCCGGUGUGAUGACCCAGGGUGGCCACCGUCUUCAGUUCUGGACCUCCAACGUCGGCACCGACGGCAAGACCCGUUUCUACCAGGGUUCCUGCAGUACCACCACCGACGGCGUCAUCACGAUGAAGCUGUACCUGACCCACGGAGCUACCUCCAGCGGUGUCCUGGGCAUUGAGUCCACCGGCGCGACGGUUGUUUCCACCGAUCCCUGGCUGCAGACGGCUGCCGACAAGGAGGCCACCACCCGGUUCCUCGAGGGCCUGCUCACCGACAUGAAGAACUCGACCGGCGGAUUCACCGUCUCUGGCUCUGCCACCACGGCCUCUGCCAUCCUGGAUGCCUACACCAGCGGCGACCACUACGUCGGUACCGCCAAGAUGGGUCUGGACGACGGCCGCGAGCGCAACGGUACUUCGGUUGUUGACCUGAACACCAAGGUGUACGGCACUGAGAACCUGUACGUCGUCGAUGCCAGUAUCCACCCCGACCUGCCGACCGGCAACACCCAGGCGAUUGUCCAGAUCGCCGCUGAGGCUGCCAUCGCCCGCAUCAUCGCCCAGGGCACCACCGUGUCCAGCGCGUCCGUGUCUGUCCCUGCUGCCAGCACCAAAAUCGCCGCCGCUACCUCCGUCAAGGCCGUUGGCGCCGACAGCGCCACUGCCACCGUUACUUCCGUCGAGGCGACCGCCACCGUCGGCACCAUCACCACUGCUCAGGGCAGCGGCAGCGACAGCAGCAGCUCUGAAUCCAGCUCCGGCUCCAGCUCCUCCAGCUCCAGCUCCGACGAGGGCGAAGGUGAGGGUGACGAUGACGACGAGUACGACUGCAGCGACUACGACGACGAGUACGACGACUACCCGGAGACGACCGAGGCCGUGAAGGUGGCCGAGGCGACGACUGCGGGCAGCGUGGCGGCGGUGACUGCGUACGCCGACUCCGAGGCGGCGUCGACGACCACCAUCUGGGUGACCUCGACGGACUGGACCACCACCACGGAUGUGGUUGUGGCGACCAGCACGCAAUACGUGACCGUGUGGCCGACCUUUUCUUAGACGGUCUGCAGACUGGGUUUGCAGAUGGGUCUGAGCAUGUUCUGGACAAUGUCUGGAGCUGUUUUAUUCUACUU